CUACUGGUGAAGAGCUGAACGCAGGGGAGGGACAAUGUAACUUUCAAUUUCGAUUUAAUUCAGGAAAACAUGGAGUCCGCCUGAUGUGAGACCAAAGUCGUCGAAAACAGUUUUAGAUUUUUAAAGAAGGGUUUCGACAACGAUAAAACUUUAUAAAACCGGCUGCUCGGCUCGACUGAGCCUUUCGGUUUCCGUCCCUGGCAGACAGAUAUACGGCCAUUGUUACCGGAGUCUCAGCAGAGCAUCAGCAUGUUGGAAGAAACGGGGCCCGAGUGGUUGUCUGAGGAGGUGAAAACUGGAACGACCAUCAUUGCCAUAGAGUUUAAUGGAGGGGUCGUGCUGGGGUCUGAUUCUCGAGUGUCUGCAGGGUCCUCAGUGGUGAACAGGGUGAUGAACAAGCUGUCUCCCCUCCAUGACAAGAUCUACUGUGCUCUGUCGGGCUCUGCAGCAGACGCUCAGACCAUCGCUGAGAUGGUCAACUACCAGCUCGACGUCCACAGUCUUGAGAUAGACGAGGAUCCCCAGGUUCGCUCAGCUGCCACUCUGGUGAGGAACAUCUCGUACAAGUACAAGGAGGAGCUGUCGGCGCAUCUCAUCGUGGCCGGCUGGGACAGGAAAGAUAAAGGACAGGUGUUUGCAACCCUGAAUGGUCUCCUGACGAGGCAACCUUUUGCAGUCGGUGGCUCUGGCAGCUCAUAUGUUUAUGGGUUUGUUGAUGCUGAAUAUCGUAAGGGCAUGAACAAGGAGGAGUGCCAGCAGUUUGUUGUCAACACUCUCUCUUUGGCAAUGAACCGUGAUGGCUCCAGUGGCGGCGUGGCCUAUAUUGUCUCCAUUGAUGAACACGGCACAGAAGAGAAAGUUAUUCUAGGGAAUGACUUACCAACCUUCUUUGAUCAGUGAUACAUAUGUAGUUUUUUGUUCAUCCCUAUUUUGCUAAGCCACUGUUGUGCAGGUUACAAUUAGGUAUUCCCAAUAGUCAUUGUUGAACACGCUUUUUGGUUCAGCUGUCAACUAAUUCAGCUUAUAAACAAAAAAUUAAAAAUACUUUGACUAAUAAUUCUAUUUAGGAAAAUGCAUUGUUCUAUGAUUCCCAAAGCUAUUUCAAGUGUAAUAUUAAGUAGCCUUGGUGUAGCUCGAUGGUGUUUUUUGCCCCCAACAGCUCCUUCCAGGCAGCGCUGCGACCGCUGCCUUCAAGGCACCUAACCUUAACCUUAACCCUAACCAUAACCAGUGCCUUGGCAAAAAACACAGAUAAACCUUGGUGUGUGUAUACUGUAAUUUAAAAGCUGCUCACACCCUCAGAUCAUCAGAUAAAGCUGAUUAAGUUUGUGGCUCAUCAUUAGGGACUUUGAAAUUUAAGGUUAUCUUACAUCUAACAUUUUGUUAGCUCUGUCCCUUCACCAAGUUCAGGACAGCUUUACAGAGGUAGACGUGGAAAUUGCCCCUGUGUCUAUCAAAUGGUCUCUAGCCAUCAGGUCACUUCUUUCUCUUAAACUUGUUGCAAGACCAAUUUUUCAGUCCAUACGGCUCCAAUUUGUGUUUUAAUGGUCCUGAGUGGCAAAGUAA